AUGAUCCCAACAGCGGCAUUGGUGGUUCUCAUUGCUGUUGUAGCACUUGCGACAUCUACAUUCUGCCUUGCAAUGUACUGUUCCAUCUCAGAUAUGUUUCGGUCGAAGAAAGCCAAUCAAAACAAGACCGAGAAAAGCUUGACAACGCCAUUGACAGCAGCUGCAGCAGAUAUGGCAAGCAUACUACAAGCCAAGCCUCCCGCACAACCGGAAACUCCUGAAGCCGAAUCACCGCCUCCCCUACCAGACGAGGUCGCAUAUCUCGUCGAUGUCCAAAGGCCGCCUCCUCUUCCAAUGUCUACCAGGGACAGCACGCAUGAAAUCAUUAACUUAUACACAAAUGCUGCCCGGAAUAAAGGCCCAGUGCCGAUAUCUGCCCCAGCUACGAUAACUUCGUUUGGCCAAGCACCCUCAACGUCACGUACUCGGCGUAUUCCUGUUCCAGAGCAGUCGGCUCCUCCAACAAUAACCACCUUUGCGCAGGCCGAGUCGAAAUGGGCUUACUUUGGCGAGAAACGAGCAACGGAUCAUAUCGUGUAA